GGUUUCUGUAAAAUACUAAUAAUUCUUUAAAUCAUUAAGUAAUUUUCAUAUUAAUGUCAUUGUGCAACUUUUAUGUGUGAUAGUGCGUUGAAAGCACAAUUACAUUUAUUAGUUGCUAGUUAAACUUUUUAUUUCAAUCAAUGUUUUAGCGACGUACCGUUAUGUGUAAAAUUCAGCGUACCAAUUCGCAAUUUAAUAGUGCAGUGACCCACAAAAUUAAUUUUUAUAAUAAAUGACAUAUCAUUUAUAUGAGCUACUUUAAUAUAUUCAUUUUAUUUUUAUACUGCACUUUAAAUUUUUUUAAAAAUGUUUUGUAUAUAACGUUUUGUUCUGGUCUUGUUACGUUUGAGGCAGCUUUCUUUUAAAAAUAAAUAAAAAAAAACAAUGGCUUUGCGUAGAUCUCAUGGUUAUGAAGAAAUGGAUGGCACAAGCCAUCCAGAAAAUAUAAAUGAUUCUACUGCAAAUAUCUCUCCAACUGCUAUUUCCAGUACAGAUCAUUUUACUGCUCAAGAAAUAGAAUUAACUACAGUUAGCGUUGUACCAGAUGACACAUUUACUGUACCCCAGGCUGUCAAUGCGUUAGGUUUUGGUUGGUUUCAAGUAAAGCUUUCGCUAGCAACUGGAUUAUGCUGGAUGGCAGACUCUAUGGAGAUGUCUAUUUUGAGUAUGCUAGCACCAGCUCUGCAUUGCCAUUGGGGAAUCUCCAAAUAUCAGCAAGCGCUAGUUACAACAGUAGUAUUUAUGGGAAUGAUGCUGAGUUCAACAUUUUGGGGCCAUCUUAGUGAUAGAUAUGGAAGGAAACCAGCUUUGACACUAUGUUCUGUUUUAUUAUUAUUGUAUGGACUAUUGAGUGCAGUAGCUCCUAGUUUUCUCUGGUUGCUUUUACUAAGAGGUCUUGUAGGCUUUGCUAUUGGAUGUGUACCACAAUCAGUUACACUUUAUGCUGAAUUUCUACCAACUCAACAAAGAGCUAAGUGUGUAGUUCUUUUAGAUUGUUUUUGGGCACUUGGUGCGUGCCUAGAAGUCGUAUUGGCACUUGCAGUCAUGCCCACUCUAGGAUGGCGUUGGCUUUUAGGAUUAUCCACAAUACCAUUGUUGGCAUUCGCUAUAGUUACUCCAUGGCUACCGGAGUCUGCUAGGUAUCAUAUUGCUUGUGGUCAAACUGAGAAAGCUUUAUCAACACUACAUCAGGUUGCUAAAGAUAAUGGUAGACCAAUGCUGCUAGGUCGAUUGGUUUUAGAUGGUAAUGGCAGUGUUAUGAAAAAUGACUUAAACAGAGGUCGUUUAAUGGGAUUAUUAGCACCACACUUGCGCCAAACAUCUCUUCUUUUAUGGGCAAUUUGGAUGGCAUGUGCUUUUUGCUAUUAUGGUUUAGUGUUAAUGACAACUGAACUUUUUGCACCAGUUACUAUGACUAAUUUAAAUGAAACUGUGAAAACCUUGCAUGAAGUCAUAUUGUUUAAUUCUUCGAGCAUAGGGAAUAUGACAUUUGAUAAUCAAACAGUGAUCAAUACUUGUCACCCUCUUACGACCCCAGAUUAUAUGGAUUUGUUAUGGACAACCCUUGCUGAGUUUCCAGGUAUAUUUGCCACAAUCUACAUAAUUGAACGUUGCGGCCGUAAGAAGACGAUGGCUGCUCAGUUUAUCGUUUAUGCGGUAUGCGUAUGUAUGUUGGUCAGUCGAGUGAGCGAUCGUUUGUUCCUGACAAUCGUGCUAUUCGUGGCCCGCGGUGUUAUUGCCGGACUAUUUCAGGCGGCCUACGUUUAUACACCGGAGGUGUAUCCAACGGCGCUCCGUUCUCUUGGAGUCGGCGCGUGUUCAGCGGUCGCCCGACUCGGAGCAAUGCUAACUCCGUAUGUUGCACAAGUAUUACUGCAGAGUGCUCCAAGUACCGCAGUAGGCGUAUAUUGUGGAGUAGCUAUCCUCGCUUGUAUAGCGUGCUUACUUUUACCUUAUGAAACCAAAGGCCUUGAUUUAGGGGAAUCCAGUGAAGUAAAUACACAAUCUCAAUGAAAUUGUGAGCUUUAAAAUUGAGUACCUAAGUGAUUAAUAAUUAC